GUCCUUGUAUUGUAUCGGAAUGAAAGAUCGUGUGGCGUGAAAGAGUUCAUGGUUUUUUACUCUCUAAGAGAACUUACCCUUGAUCUUCUAUUGUUUACUGUAAGGUAUCCCUAACCGGAUUUGAAGGGUGCAAUUUUGGGCCAAAUGUUGGACAAAGCCGGACGAGGGAUUGUUUAGUAACGGGCGAUUGCCCAACGAUGAAAUAAUCGGAAUUGAACUUUACCACUGUGUGUAGAAAUUAGCUCCUCUUUAACAACACUUGAAACUUCCUGAUUAUAGUGGGGAAAUUUUUUCCAAAUCAAAAAGUCUUUCGUUGUAAAUGGACAGAGUGUUGGAAGUUCGGCGCCCGCCGGAACAAAGCCAAGUGGCUCUGUCUAGAGCUUCGAAGAUUUUCUUCGGAUGCGACAUUUUCCAAGGUAAGCUUGCAGUUUACAUUUCAUGAUCGUUAAGGUUUGCUCAGCGACGGUAAAUUGAUAAAGUGAGAUUACAUUUCUUGUUUUUGCAUUGAAGUGAGACUGUUCCGAUUGCGAUCUUGUGGCGUGGCGUAAUUUGCAAAUCAUUUAAUACAAUGAUACAACUUUUAAUUUUAAUAUUAAACUUGUGCACUUCUCGGUAAGGUCAGCUGCACUGAUCUGAUAAAAGCUUCCUUGCGUAAAUCUCUUGACCAGUGUAUAAAGGUUUUCAGCCGAGGUCGUUUUUGAACAAAAUCAGGUAAUCGAUUGAUUUCGCUGGCCAUUAGUAAACAAAGGUUGCAACAAAAGGGACUGAGAGCCGAUUAAACGUCAAUCUUGCUUAAAAUUAGACCCCUAGCGACGAGUUUAGCCAAACAGAACUCAAGACGUUAUCAGAUGCGAUUAAGAACGAUAUACCUCGGAAAGUGACAAUGUCAAAAGAUGUGUUAACAUGAAGGUUAUUAGGAGAUACAGUGUACGUGUGUGGUUGACGACAGAUAAAAGUUUUUUUUUAUGUAUACAUAUUUUUUGAAAUAUUAAAACCUAAUAGGUUUCAACUAUUGUUUUAAAGUAUAGUGUUUUACUUUUGCAAUAUUUUAAAACUGCCGUAAGAAUUAUAAGAAAAAAAAUUAAAAUAGUAGUGUUUCAUGUCUUUGAAAAUUUUAUUCUCCAUUUUAUACCCUAUUGUGAUUCUAAAUAUAAAAGAUGUCUGAUUUUCAUAAUUUAAACAGAAGUGCUGAACAGCAGGUGAUCAAUUAAAAAAGGAACAUUAUGGCUAUCUUUUUUAGAAUAUUUGUUAAAGUUUUAUUCUUCUAAUUUUCUAUUCUUCUGCCGUAAGAAUUAUAAGAAAAAAAAUUAAAAUAGUAGUGUUUCAUGUCUUUGAAAAUUUUAUUUUCCAUUUUAUACCCUAUUGUGAUUCUAAAUAUAAAAGAUGUCUGAUUUUCAUAAUUUAAACAGAAGUGCUGAACAGUAGGUGAUCAAUUAAAAAAGGAACAUUAUGGCUAUCUGUUUUAGAAUAUUCGUUAAAGUUUUAUUCUUCUAAUUUUUGUUGUUUGAUUUUUUAAAAUGAUUGUCAAAAAUCAAAGAGCAACUUUUGCAAUUGCAUUAAAAUUCCAAAAUAAUAGUAUUAAAUAUUCCCUUAAAGGAUGCUGCAAGAAUUGUGUUAAACAAAUUUUUGUGACAGGUGAAUAAUGUAUUUACUUAUAUAUCAGCAAUUGAACGUAGAAUUUUAAAAAAUUUUUUUGUAGUCAAGAGAAGUCUUGUCUUUAAAAAUGUCACAACCAUGGUAAUGUCAUAAAUGUGAGUAUCGCUAUUUGGCAAAUAUAUUUAUUUUCAGGUAACAUGUGGAACAAUAUGCUACACAAAAUAUUUUUAGAAGCUGUAAAAAAGGAAUUUUCAUAUAAUCAUUAUUUUAUUAGUAAGUAACCUUGUUGAUUCCUGAUGCAUUCACAAUUAGAAACAACAAGGUCAGCCUGUCAUGUAAACUUUCUUUGUAUUUUACCAUUUUCAAGGAUGAUGCAUUUUGUUUGCCAUAAAAAAAAUAAUAAUUAAAAAAAACAAGGAUUAGAAUCUAAGCAGGGAGGGGUGGGGGCUAACUUAGCAUGUGAAGGUCACAGGAUACCCCAUACUGUUUCAAGGGAAGGAAGCCUGAAUCAAUGCAAUAAAAAAAUAUUACAAAUAAUCAUAGACUUUUCCCACUGGUUUAUCCACCAGAGUUGCACUGUUUAAAUUACAAAAUCAAUUACCAGGUACCAAAAUUGGUAGACUUUAAAGGGCCUUUCUUUCAAUCGAAAAAUAAAAUUUUCCUGCAUACUUUCUUUCACAGCUAAACCAGGAAAACCAUGAACACCAGAAAUGUUUUGUGUUGCGAGAAAAAAGCCAGUCAGGCGUGACAAAACCACAAGCAAGAACCUUCAUUAGUUUGUGGUUUUGUGGCUACCAGUAGUUCCCGUGUCCUGAUCUUUGCUAUGAUUGGUCGUAACACAAUAAGCAUUCCUGAAAUAUUUUGAGUGUUCACGGUUUUGCCAGUUUGACUGUAAUAAUUUUAAUUUUUUGUUGAUUAUAUUUCUUAGUGAUUGCUGUUGUAGUGUUCCAAGGUUCCAUGAUUGCUCUUGGAGAUUUCAGUGCAUACAAUAAUACUGAGGUAAAUCAGAAACAUCUAAUCAAAUAUACAUUUGUAGCACAAUGUAACAGACUUUAUGAUAUGGCUACAGUAGUAUGCAUGCUCAGAUUGGCUUCUAAGCAGGCAUUAGUAACUUAUAAUGAUGAGACAUUCCAAGCUACAUGUAGGUGUCCAAGGCAUAUACAAUAUUUGUAUGGUCAAUGUUAUGGUCAAAUUGACAGCUGUCAAAAAGGGUAUCCACUGACCAGUGUCACAUAACUGUAUCCCGGGCUCAAGUGUACAACUCCAUCACUUGGUCAAUGCAUCAAGGCCUCAGUCUGAGAUUUCCUUGUGAUGACUUCACUCUCACUUAGUAAGUGGUGUAUAACUUAUGUUAUGCUACCCUUUCAAUCUUUUUUUCCUGGGAAACAAAAUGAGGAAAAAUCAGGGCUGUGGUCUAACAGUGCCUAAUUGCCUUUCAUAAAUCAUUGAUUAAGUCAUGCCCCUAAGAUCAACAUACACAUUCUCUAGAAUGAUCCAUUCAUUUCCUCAAAGAAUUAAUUUGUUCCUUAAAGAACUAAUUAUUUUUGGUGAUCAUUUUGUUAAUUCUAAUAAUUUAUUCUCAGUUAGUUUUAUUAUUGUGAAGAUGAAAAUACCACUUGCUAAACUGGACAAGUAGUGUUCAGUGAUCCACUGGCCCAGACUUGAUUACGUUCUUGAGUGGGUGAAUGUUAAUUUCAAACCUUGGCUGAAAGAAAUAUGUUUUGUAUGCAUACAGCACCCGGGUAUGGGACCAGGCCGCAGGAUUUACAUGGCAAUGUACAUGGGGGCUGUAGUAUACACUUGUUUUCUCUGCUUGUUUGCUGUAAGUAGCAAUAUUUUUUUUUUCACUUUUUAGUUACCUUCCAAUAGUCUUUCGUUUUUUAUUAUCUACCCUUUAUUAUAUGGCUACAAUAGUAUGGAUGCUCUGAUUGGCUGUUUUCUUGUUAUGACUGGGCAUUACUACAUAUAGCUAGGUGUCCAAGGCAUAAUACAAUCUGUGUUUAACUUGAUAGCGGAAAUCCUCAUUGAAAAAGGGUAUCCUCUGGCCGGUGCCACCUGACUGUAUUGCAGGCUCAAGUGUACAACUAAUUGUGGUGACCAGUUUCUUUAAAGUUAUCUGCUGACCAGUUGUGGGUUUUAAUUGAUCACAGGCUCAGAUCCAUAAUCAAAAGACCAUAUAAUAAAUAACUUAUUAACCUUGUCUGUUCGGUCAUUACAGGGAAACCUCAGACCGAGGCUAUAUCAAGGCCAAGGUCUGAGAUUUCCCUGUAAUGACCUCACUCUCGGUUGAUAAGUAGUAUUAACUACCUCAUGCCAGUUUUUGUUUCUCAAUUUACUUUGUACGCUAUUUAAACAAAUUAGUGACUUUUACUGUUUUCACUUCUCGGGACAUUCUUAUUUUUAUCAUUUCAACCGUAUUUUUCAUCUUAAAAAUGUUUACUUUAGAAAAACUAGGAAUGUUGGAAUAACUACCUAUUUGUGCUUUGCAUUUUCUUUGCAGGUAAAGAAGCAGAACUUUAUGGAAAUUAUCGCCUUCGACUUGCAGAACUUUGCAUUUGUGACUUACAGCUUCAUUCAACGUAAGUUGCAGUGUUAUUGCUUCAGCAAAUCUCAGUAUAAAAAUUCCAAGGGAUAGCAUGUACACACAUUCCUCCUCCCCAAAACAUUUUUUUCUCCAGGUCUAGUCAAGUCAAACUUUAUUUACUAUAGGCAGCAAGGCUACACUGUAAGAAAAAUUGAAGGAAGUCAAGUGCUCUGAGUCUGUGAAAUCCAGGGUGCCCUGCAUCGUUUUCUUUGAAAAAACUUAGAUUUUUUAGUCACCAGGGGCCACUGAGAACCACUAGAGCUCAGCUUUGGACAUGGUAGCCAUAUCUGCCAUUGGCUGGUAUCAAAAGAUGCCCUGUGUAAGUUAUGAUUACAAUCACAAUGAUUAUUUUAAUGGAACCUCCGCAAAUGGCAACCUUGCCACGACGGCCUCCUUUUUUGGCAGACAGACCAUACUCCAUAUGUAAUACAGGUCAAAAUUAAAUUCAGGUUAAAUUUUUUUAACCUAGGUUGAUUCUCAAUUUUCUUUGUCUUCAAGCCCUAAUUAAUAAAUAAUUAGGGCUAGGAGACAAAGGAAAUGGACCAUCAACUUAGGUUAAAAAAUUUUAUCCUGAAUUUAAUUUUGACCUGUAACACAUACAUUGACUCUUUUUUAAACUUUUCUACAACAGCCACCGUAGAAAGGUUCAACUGUAGUAGAAAAUGAAGAAGAAUAUACGUUAUGUAAGUCACAUCAAUAAUAUUGUUAUCACUCACAUGUUAAUUUUGCAAUGUACAUUUUGUAUUGCAGUUUAUCAUGUUAAAUUCAAGACGUACAAUGGAUCGAGAACAAGUGAAAAUGAUUCUCUGCCUAAGAUUGUGAUAGGCAAUGUAAGUUAAUAUUGUUUAAGAGAUCCUUUUUAAGUAAUUAAUGCCAUGACAUUGGUCAGAUCAAGAGACUAUAAAGGGGACAGAGAGGGCAUCCCCCAUAUACACCCUAUUCCAUAGGUAAUUCGUCUCGAGUUAUUUUUAACACCACAGAUCUCAAGGGGGAUUAGACAACAGCCAAUCACAUAGCGCGAAUGUGUUCCGCGUGGAUGACCCACGCUGAGAGCCACGCGUCCUUCACGAAAUGACGCAGAACAAAAUGGGGGAAGACGCGGAGAGCGAUUUUGCUAUUCCUUUUGUCGACGAAAACGACUACAGCGAGAUUUCUGCGAAAGCUGUGUCAGCGAAACCGAAAUUAAAAAAGAAUCGCCCUUCCUCUCUUGUAUAGAGCUAACAGUAGAGCAGGGAAAUCCUUAACACACUGAAUAUUCUCUCAGGAUCAUUUAUAAUUUACAGUUUGAAGAGAGCAAUUUCUGGUUUGAUGUUUAUUUUUUUCAGUCUUUAUAGCGAUUAUUCCUACCCACUUACUUUGUCAAUUGUAGGCGAACCCUCCUAAAGCUGAAUUUCAAGGGACCAUAUUCAAGCUCAGAAAGAGAAAUAAAAUUUCGUCGUUGCUUAUUUACGUCCUCCAUAAAACGCGAAAUUAGGCAUUUUCACGUCGUAGUCGUGCAAAAACGGGAAAGAAAUGAACAAAAAAGUGUGUUGCACGUGCGAAGUUGUUGUUUUGCUAAUUAAACCUAUUGUUUUUUUGACGUUCUAGUUGUCGUCCGCGUCGUUGGAUCUUAAACUCCCUAAAUUGUACAAACGACCGGUUUCAAUAGACCGGCGAAAUUUCUCAUUUUAUUAAAGCACUGAGGUUACGACAACUUCGAGUUAAACUGAUUUCACGGGUUGUCAAAGAGUCCAGCGAUUCCUUUUUCCCAGGUGAGCGCCGACUCAUUUCGCUUCAAUAUUCAGGAAUGCUCUCGAUCUUUUUACGCUUUCAUUGCCUCUCGCCCGACAUGUUUUGCACGGCGUUUGGUCAUGCGAAACCUCCACGAAACAUCCACGCCUCGCGCGAGGUAACUUUAUCCCGAUUCUAAAAAUAACUCGAGACGAAUUACCUAUGGAAUAGGGUGUAUAUGGGGGAUGGCCUCUCUGACCCCUUUAUAGUCUCUUGGUCAGAUUGAUCAGAUAAUUGUCUGGUUAGGUGUCAUAAGGUUUUUGUGUAUCACACACUUGAUAUUCUUUUAUGUGAUUUCAGUAGGAUUAUUAUGAUUGCAUUACAGGCAGCCACACUCUUGUUGCUAAAUAUUGUCUUCACGUAUUUGUCUUACAAACUGUACAUGGAAUUUGGAUGGAAGAUAUACAAGAGAGUGCGGUUCAACAUCAAGCUUCGAGGUAAAAUGCAGACUUUGUCGUAAGAAAAACUACCAGUCUUUAUUUAUUUCAGAUCUCAGAAAAGUCACCUCUGGGUUUCAAAGGAUAUAAUGAAGAUCUUUUGAAGACAUACUAAUAAUUUAAUAGGCAGUUAGUUUUUAUGUUAACUUCAACCACCCACAUUUUUGCAUUUAAGGUGGAUCUCGACUUCGUCUCGGUCCAUAGAUUCGUAAUAAGAACUUGGCCAAUGUAUCCAGUUAUCUUGACUAAACAGGCUUGGCCAAUAAAGGACUUAUUAUAUGGCCAAAAGAAAAUGUUUUCUUGCAUGAUCAAAGCGGGAAAUCCCGAUUGAACAAAUUAGGGAGCUUUUUCAACGAUGACGGUGACGGCAACGAGAGAUUGGCCAAAAAAAAACUUUGCACGUGAUGUAGCACACUUUGUAACGUGAAAUUCCCUGACAGGAAGUUUUAUGGAGGACGUAACCACCCCAUGACAAAUUUUUCUUUCUUCUUCUCAACUUUGGGUUCGGUCCCAAGAAUUCAAUUCCAGAAAACUUACAAUUGACUUUUUAGGCGAGUUGAAAUAAUCUCGAUAAAAAAAGUUUGAAAAACGUAAAGACUUUUUAAAUGUGACGUUUUUCGCUGUGAUUGCCUUCGACGUUGCCAAAGGUCCCUACUGAGACACUCAGAACAUGACGACUGAGAAGUCUCGUAAUUUUCUGAAAAAAACAAGAGUCUACAAAAUUGUUUAAUGCUUCAUGCACCAUUCACUACCAUUCAUGUUUUCAAGUGAUUAAUAUUACUUAGUUUGGUAACUAUUACAGAAAACAUAAAAUUUUAUCAUGACUUAUCGUAGAUUAAAAUGGAUAUACUUGUGUAAUAAUGAGGAACAAAAAUACCAAAUAAAGUAUUGACAAGUGUCCUUUCUUUGUAUUUUACAGGAAUUUAUCAAAUUUAUGAAUUGUUGUCCUGCCUUUUAAAGAUCGAAAUUCUUUAUUGGGUUAGUAUUACAUAUACUUUUUUUUAAAAACUGUGGUUUGAGUAUAUCUCUAAGGUUACCGGCCUAAUUAAUGUCAGUUUUCAAAUUCCAUUCUUUCUGGAAUAAUUCUUUACUUACUAAAGGUAUCUCUUAGAUUUGAGUUGAUCGCAAUAAAUGGAGUUUGAAACAAAAUUCAACUUCUAUUUUUAUCAAAAUUUAUUAAAUAGGGAUGUUGCUUCCACAUACAAUCCGAUCUUUCGCGUUUUUCACAAUUGCAAAAAAUCGCGAAAAUAAAGAUCCGUGAUAAUAAAUCCUCGCGGAAUUUAAGUACGUGAAAUUAAAUGCUCAUAUAGAAAAUUCAAAUUGUCACAAAAAAAAUAUUAACUUGAAAUAGUAACAUCAUAUACAGGAUAUGUAUCGACAAUAUAACUUGUUAACGGGUUAUACUAGUAAACUUCAGAGUGAAGUAAGGUUAAUUUGUAAAGCUUUCACACAUUGCUUUUCCAGUUUAACUAGAAAUAUGAAAACUUUUUCAAAAAUAAAAUGAAGUUGAGAAUGCUUAAAUCGCGAAAUUUAAUGCUCUUUUCUCAUAUGUGCGUAUUGAAAUCGCGAAAAUAGAAUCCUCCAAAAUAGCCUCUCGCAAAAAUGGGGCACGCGAGAGCCAGGAAUUUGUAUAGGGUGUCCGUAAUAGCGAGCUGUCCGUAACACUAGAGUCAAUUUAUAAGGGUUAUUGUUUUUUUUUUGACAGGGAAUGUAUGCAAUUGUUCACAGCCUGGUUCUCUUACGAGAUACACAUAACGUCCUGUUUUUCCUAAGCUUGUCAUUCAUUCCGCUUUCAUUGAUUUAUGCUGGCCUUGGUUUUUAUGCUGUAAGUAUAAUUUUAUUUUAUGUCUUGCAUGAAAAUACUUUCUUAAAGGGUGUUUUUUUUUCAGCCUAGAAUGAAUGUUCUUAAUUUUCUCUCUCAUUUUCCUUAGGGGUUAGUCAGGCGAGCACUUUAAUUUACGCGAUAUCGCCACCUGCAAUAAAGGUCUCUUUACUGCGCCAACCUCGUUCCCAGGACGAGGUUGUUCCCUGAUCGUGUCACCUUUCUCGCGGGGGUGAUUUUCACGCGCGCUCACGUAUUUUGCCCGCCCCAAUACCCCUAAUGAGGGACUAACGUGGUCCACAAAGCCUUUAGCUGGGUACACUUUGGGGGACUUCGAAAAUGCUGGUAAGGGCCUCUACAAACUAGUCGCUGUGACGUUAAUUUUUUUUUGUUCCAAAUAUUUGAUCUGAGGCCUGUUUUAUUGUUUCAGACCCGCCGCGAGAAUAGGUUUUUGAUGAUAUUUUUUCUCAGCUGGACUAUUGGUGGGAUUGGAUAUUUCUUGUACAAACUUUAUGGGUAAGUGUUUAAAUUGUUUGCGUAAAGUAAUCAUCCUUGCCCUUUAGAAAAAUUGCUCUCUCUGCAGUCAUUAAAAAUCUUACCCCUGGUGAGCAACUGCGAGGUGUGUUUAAAUGUUGACUGUUUCCUUACGUCCUUGCUGUCGUCUUAUCGUCUUUGUUUAAAUCAGGUGACAUAAUUUAAGCUUCGAAACUUGUCUAGUCGCUGUACGUCUUCCCAGGCCUUCUUGGUCAAAGCAUUUCGGUGACGUAGCCGCAUGACCCGAAACGCAUCGGCCGCGUGCAAUAAUGAGGCCUAGGGACUAGGCAACUUCAAAACGUCAUAUAAAUUGAAUUCAUUUCAACACAUUUUGAGGGGGCCUUAUAUCCGAGGAUGGCUUAUAAUCGGAUGUACUUUUUUGUUUACAGGUGGAUGUGCCUAUAACUGGGGCGGGGGUGGGGAAGCUUAUUUUGCGGCAUUUGACGGUAUUACUACUAACUAUUUAAAUGUUGCAGGUUCAUUACACGCAAGUGCAGCGGAUGUGCAGAGUUUGUGGAAAAUGGUAAAGAUAUACCCAGCGAAGCUUUCAUGCAUUUUGUCUAUCUAGGUAUGAUCUUUCAGCCUGUGCUGAUUUUGUACUGUUUUGUUUUGAUGUGUUAGCAUACAUAGAGCCGUAUAUCCUGUUCCAGGCGUGCAGAUUGUGGGAAUGGCGCAAACAUAAGUGUGCAGGAAAAACAGCGAGGGGUAGGGUAGGGUGUCCUCGUGCCAUACUUCGCUAUUCUAACACCUGGAGCAGGCUUAGUUUGCCUUUGGAAAGAUAUCGUAAGUAGGUCUGCUUCAUUUAAGCAAUAGAAAACGUUUUCCGUGUUUGUUUAACCUGAUAUAAACGCGAGAGGGGCUGGGAAAAUUCUCUCAACCCCCGAGGGAAUGGGUAAAUAAAGUAAACUUGUCGAGUUUUCAACUCAAAAUCUUUUUCAAAUUCGUGCUUGAGUGAUUAGCUCGCGAAAAACAAAUCAUUUUGACGUCACAACCAUGUCUACAUACUCUCAUAAAAACACCCCUCCUGGCCAAUCAGAGCGCGUACUAUCUCAAAUAUUUUGUAAUUCUUUGUAGGAACCGUGAACUUGCUUGUACUCGUAGCAAUAUUUGGUGUUGCACUGAAGGCGUACCGUAACUUUGGUGGUGGAUUAGCUCAACAUUGUAAGUUUUAACAGGGUCCGAAAUUGCGCCUUCCUGGUCGCCAGUGCGACCAAAAAUUCAGUUCUGGCGACCAGAAUUUCAUAGCUGGUCGCCAGCUGGCGACUUGUAAAGCUGGUUGUUAUUGUAGACUUUCAUGUUCGGAGAAAAUGAUUAAGAAUUGAAACCUCGAAGCUCUUUGAAAACAGAUGUCUUACUUUUUGUCCUGCUGAUAUUUUUUUAAUUUAAAAGUGAAACGAAUGUUCCUGUAAAUAUACCUCCACAACAGCUACGAUCAAUACAAGUUGAACGUUUCCAAGCCACCAAGACGAAUUUUUGGCGAAAAUAAUUUGCCCUCUGGCGACCAAAAAUUUAUACUUGCUCACCAGUUGGCGCCCAUAUUAAAAAGUUAAUUUCGGACCCUGUUUAACAUAAAAAGAACAUGAUUACUGCGGAUAUUACCCUGCAUUGCAGGCGUAUUUUUUGACGAACGAAGUUUAUGUUAGUUUAUUCGUAAUCUUUGAUUUCAUCACUGUGGAAGACUGGAGAGAGUAGGAAUAGUAACCCUUGUUUUGAAAGGAUCGCCCCAACUCCUCGGCUUCCUGCGGUUACGCAUCCGAAGAAAACGCUUGCGAUGCAGGCUCUGCGGAUAUUGUCAUAGUUAUAAAACGCUGUGCUCAGUGCUUGAGUUUUAGCGCACCUUUUCAAGUAAAUGUGGUAUGUUUCACGGCAUAAACUACAAGAAGUCCCUUUAUUUUAUCAGAGCUCAUCGAAAUGGCGGAGAAGAAUAGCAUUGUUAGGUGAAGGUGGUUAGCAUGGGCUCAAUUGCUACUCUGACCACUAGCUACGUCAUUGUGUUUCAGUAGCCCAAUGUUCAACUCUUCGACCAUGCUUACCUUCUGCCAGGUGUUUGUCCGUUUUUCACUCACAUUGUUAUAAGCUAAACCCGUUUGGUCCUUGUGUUUGUUUGGCCUUCCUCGGAGACCCAAAGCGGGCAGAGUUUACAAAGCCCAGGCCCCGGUUAUUCAAACGUUGGAUAACGCUAUCUACCGGAUAUUUAUUUAUUUACUUAGGUUCGGCAAUUCUAAGCAGGGACAUUACGGCAGGCCCGUAAAAGUCCCCCCCCCCCCACGCCUUAUAAGAGAUAGACCAGCACACCCGGGACUACGUCCCCUACUAUUUACAAACCAUGUGCGGGUUCUUCAAUAUCCUACAGAAUUUACAUGUGCAAUGGUUGAGACGGGGCCAGGGUUUAUCGUCCUUAUCCGAGAAGACUAUAAAGUAUAACCGUUUGCAGAUGUUUUUACAAAGGCAGUACUCCUCAGUUAAUUAAAGACGCUGAGUGUUGGUCCGGCCGGGGUUUGAAUAGACAGCAGCCCCCUACUUGGUAGACCGGCGCUUAUCCAGUUGAGAUAAUGGGUCGACAGUUGAAGUGAAUCACUGUCCAGUGAAUAGGUAUUAGCGAAACCACUUGCGUAAUCCAUUGGAUAGAGUUAUUCGAAGUUUCAACAACUGUGACGUGACUUUUUAAAAUCCUUUGGUACCUUGUAGGCCAGACCAGAAUUUCCGGUUAGUAUAUCAAAUAGUGAGUCACAUGAAAUGUUAGCAAAACUUAGGUUGUGUCUGAGGCGAUUUAAUUUGUCUACCGCUAUAACUCAUUAAUUGUCUCCUAAUUCUUUUUUAUCUUUCUCGGCAGUUAACCGUAAGAAGCCUCAGUUAAAACUAUCCGCGCAAUAUGACUUAAACCUGGGACGAGGUAGUCAUAAUUACCCAGAGGAAAGUGUUAUCUCUGUGACGUCAUACGAGUUUGAUGAGUUUGGCGAAAGCGUAAGACUGGACCGAGGCUUGCUGCACCCUGGAAUGGCAGCUUUACCAACACUUACAGAAGGUGGACAGAAUCUUAUCGACAAAAGAAGUUGCAGUCUACCAAAUUUGUUGCCAGAAUUGCCAGCAAGGUCCUCACCGUUUUUAAGCACAUCUGGUGAAAAUGGGUCUGUUUUGUUACAAAUACCAAAAGAGAAGUUUGCAGCCCGAGCAAUUACCAGUAUCUGUGAGGAGAAACCGGUGGAAAAUAACGUGAAGGAUACCCAGGAAUGUAUUAAAAAUAUAAAGUGUGAUGAAGUGUAUGAACAAGACUGUGCAAACGGUGCUAAAUUUCCCAGUAAUGGACAUGCUGUUGCACCUAUUCAUAAGAACGGGUGCGUGAAAGGAAGAGCUCAGACGUAUCAAGAAGCGCAUUUAGCGCCCGAGAAAAAACAAAACGGUCAUUUGCUUGGAAAGACUCGUUUUAAGACAUCUGAAACAAACGCUGAACAAUGCCAGUGUGAGUUACAAGCUGUAAAUAGAACGAAUUGUCACUGCGGCAACGUUGACAAUCAAUUUUCAAAACAGAGUUCUACGCAAGAAGUUGUUGGUGAAAAUCCAUUACUUGAUAGGAACCAAACGUACCUAAGAACUGCGGGAAAUGGACGGUCUUCUAAUUCUUGUAGCGAUGGGGAAGUUUUCUUUUCUUAGCUUAAUAGCAUAGAUUGGUGUUUUAAUUAUUUUUAAAUUAUUUUUUAAAUUUUUAUGACUUGAAUGUUAACCGUAGAGCUUGGCCCGCUUAUUUAUAUGAUUCCGUUCAUAACAUUACGUUGUCGAUCACCUACGUUCUCAUUUGGUGUAAAAAUAACGCGGUUGGGUAUAUUUUAACUCACUAGCGACACAAUCACAAAUAAAAAGAUUACAAUGUGUAC